CCACCAUUUCGCUGUCAACGCGAGCAGAGAGCCUCAUUGGCAGUGCGCUGCUCUCUCGACGUCAUCGAUUCCACAAUUCUAUCUAGGCUGCGUUGUUUCACCUUCCGUCAACGUUCACUCCCGCAGUCACUUCACUUCACGUUCAUUCAUUUGUGUUUUGAAGAUACACCAGAGAAUACACCUGGGGCAUAUCCAGCAGUGAUAACGCGAACACAACAUGAGUUGGCCAAUGUUGCAGGGACACAGGAACCAAUUUAUGGCCCCGAAGCAAUUCAGUCGGUCGCCCGCCAGGCCGAGGAGACUCCCUAUACAGAGCUCAAAAAGGAGGAUCUGAAAUGGACAGCACCCAAAUAUACUGCGGUUGAAACCCAAACAUUCUAUGCGAUGGGCGACAACGGUGGCUUGGCCAUGGUGCAAGUCAUCUACAGCAAUGUAGCUGGUCUUCACACAACAUGCCAGUUCAACUCCAAAGUCUUUUCGUUUGACGAUGGCGCGCCUCACAUUUGGCACUCAGACGCCCUUUCCAACCACAUCUUCGAGCCUGAUAUGUAUUCACUUGGCGCGGACAAGCUUGCAUUGACCCUGAACGAAGACGGCACUUCGUAUUCGGUCAAGUCAGCCGUCAACGCUAACAGCCUGGUAAAUCUGACAUUUACUCGGCAGACACCCGGCUUGUUUGUGGGCAAAAAUGGCACGUCUUACUUUGGCACCGACCCUGCCAAACCAUGGGGCUCCAUGCGCCAUGCGUUUUGGCCUCGGUGCUCUGUCGAGGGGAGUAUCACUACGAAGAAUAAGACUUACGACUUUACGGGCCGGGGGUUCUUCAUUCACGCUUUGCAGGGGAUGAAACCACAUCAUGCUGCGGCACGGUGGAACUUUGUCAGCUGUCAAACACCCACAUACUCUUCCUUCGUAAUGGAAUACACCACCCCUCCAUCCUACGGAUCAACUGUCGUCAACGUCGGCGGCGUGGUGAAAGACGGAGAAAUCCUCUAUGCAGGUGUUAACAAUACAGUGAAAACCCUCGAGACGAAGACCGACCCGGAGAGCAAGUGGCCAGAACCCAAGGCUGUCAAAUUUACAUGGGGUGGCAAAACCAACGACAAGAGCGACUUUCACGCCGAGUUAGAGACCGUGAUUGAGAAGAGACUUGAUCGUAUAGACAUCAUGUCUGAGGUGCCUGGGUUUAUCAAAUCUUUUGUGGGCAGUGUUGCUGGAACGAAGCCAUACAUUUACCAGUACUCCCCCCAAAAUAAGCCCACCUUCAAGAUCAAAGAGGGCGAGAAGGAGACCACCGAACAGGGUACAAUGUUUUCCGAGGCUACGUUUAUAUCCUAG